AAGCACCAGUAUUUCCUGCACUUGAUAUUCCAAAACAGACUAGAGAUGGAGAUGGGUGGAUAUUGGACAGUUUUAGUGGUAUUUCUUUUAAUUCUAUUGUUUUUGAAGUUACAGUGGGACCGUCGGCAGUUUCCACCUGGACCAAUGCCGGUCCCUAUCCUGGGGACUCUUUGGUGUUUUGGCUUCUCUUGGCAACAAAACACUCUCUCAAAGUUAUCCAAAGUGUAUGGGAAAGUCUUCACCAUCUGGAUUGGGCCCAUGCCUAUUGUUGUAGUAAAUGGGUUCCAUGCAGUGAAGCAAGUCCUCAUAAACCAAGCUGAAGAAACUAAUUGGCGAGUGGUGACGCCUUUUAUUAGAGACUCAAUGAAGGGGAAAGGAAUUCUCUUUUCAAGCGGACCUGCCUGGAAGGAGCAAAGACGUUUUGCAAUGGCCACGCUGAGGUCUUUAGGUCUGGGAAGGAAGUCUUUAGAGUAUCGAGUGCAAGAGGAGGCUGGCAAGCUGGUGGAGAUUUUUUCAAGCAAGAAAGGGAAGGCUUUUGACCCGUCUUUGCCCCUGUUCCACUCCAUCUCCAACGUGAUCUCCAGCGUGGUUUUUGGACACUAUUUCUCCAUUCAUGAUGAAACCUUUAGCAAGCUGAUUGAAUGCAUUGAGUAUAUGGCACAUUUUUUCCUCUCCGCAUUUCACUUGUUGUAUGAACUUUCCCCAUGGCUCAUGCGCCAUCUCCCCGGACCUCAUCAGAAGGCCUUUUCAUGCUUGGAAUUUAUCCAUUUGUUUGGGAGGAAUGAAAUUAAAAAACACUUGGAGAAGAAGAAACCAGAGGAUGAGCCACAGGAUUUCAUUGACUUCUACUUGGACGAGAUUGACAAAAAAAGACACGAUCCUACAUCGACAUUUGAUGAAGACAACUUGGUUUAUGUUAUUUACGACCUCUUCACGGCAGGGACGGACACCGUUGCCACCACCUUGCGGUGGGCACUGCUCUUCAUGGUGGUGCAUCCAGAUGUUCAAGAGAAAAUUCAGGAGGAGAUUGACACCGUUCUGACACCUUCCCAACAAAUCUUCUAUGAGGACCGGAAGAACAUGCCGUACACCAACGCAGUCAUUCAUGAAAUCCAGCGCUUCAAAUUUGUCCUCUUAGUUGGAACUUUCAGACUAUGUGCAAAAGAUGGUGCUGUACUUGGGUUUCCAAUUAAAAAGGGCACAGUCAUUGCACCUGAUAUUGCUUCUGCGUUGUAUGACCCCGAACAGUGGGAGACACCCCAUCAGUUCAACCCCAAUCACUUCCUGGACAAGGAUGGGAAAUUCUUCACCAGAGAUGCCUUCAUUCCAUUUUCAUUAGGGCAGCGUCUGUGUCUGGGGGAGAACCUUGCAAAAAUGGAGCUUUUCCUUUUCCUCACAAAUCUCCUUCAAGCAUUCACAAUGGAGCACCUGGAAGGAACCAAGGAACUCAGCAUAAGGCCGGUGCAAGGGAGGUUUGCCGUGCAGCCCUUUCCAUAUAUGAUCCGCGCUGUUCCUCGCAAGGCAGCAGCUUGACACAGGAAAUAAACAUUGCCAAAAUAGGAAAAUAAGAAACAGUUUUUUGUCCACAAAAUGUCAACUUUUUUAAGAUGAAAAGAACACACGCAUUUGCACAGAAUACACCCGAAAUGUAGAUUGUUUCCAAAACUGUUCAGUUUUUGACAGCUUCUUGUUUCAAGCAGGAAAUGGGGAAAUGGUUCCAUUUUUACUAGUGAAAAUGAAAUUUAUGAAGGUUUUGCAGCUCUGCACCAUAGUGAAGUCUAUAUUGCUGGCAGUAGGAGAAGGAUUCUUCAUCAUCACAUCUCCUUCACUCCACUGGGACUAUGAUAUGAAGUUUGGAUUUUUUUGUGCCAGGAGCAACUUGAGAAACUGCAAAUUGCUUCUGGUGUGAGAGAGUUGUAUGUCUGCAAGGACAUUGCCCAGAGGACACCCGGAUGUUUGAUGUUUUAUCAUCCUUCUGGCGUGAGAGAAUUGUACGUCUGCAAGGACAUUGCCCAGAGGACACCCAGAUGUUUGAUGUUUUACCAUCCUUGUUGGAGGCUUCUCUCAUGUCCCCACAUGGGGAGCUGGAGCUGACAGAGGGAGCUCAACCCGUUCUCCCUGGAUUUGAACUGCUGACCUGUUGGUCAGCAGUUCUUCCAGAACAAGGAUUUAACCCAUUGCACCACCAGGGGCUCCCAUGAUACCAAGUGACCUGGAUUAUUGUUAUAAACUAGACCACAUCUCCUGAAUUAUAAUUGGUGCAGAUGUGACAGUAGAAUCAUAGAAUAAUAGAAUCCUAGAGUUGGAGGAGACCUCGUA